UCCUUCACUCUUUUCCUUCUCCCGUUGCGCCUGCAAAUCGAUUCUCUUCUUCCUUUUUUCUGUUGUUAAGCGACACCAAGAAGUGAAGGGCGAAAAGCUUCUUUAAGAAAGAGAAUGGCAAUGUCGUUAGGAUGUUGUUGGUCGGGCUUUGUGGCAAGCGAGGCGGUUGGGGCCAAGUCCUCAUCGACUCUCCGCCUCUCUGCGACUUCAUCUCCCACGGCUAGCUUGCGUAUGGUCCGUCUCGUCACCUGCGCUGCUUCGUCCAAGCCUGCUUCUUCCACAACAGGUAACCGACCGCCUAGGGGCAUCACUAAGCCCAAACCCAUUUCUCCUGUGAUGCAAGAGUUUCUCGGGGUCCCUGAGAUCCCUCGCACCCAAGCCCUUAAGCAGAUUUGGGCUUACAUCAAGGAGCAUAAUCUCCAGGAUCCGGAGAACAGGAAGAUUAUAGUGUGUGAUGAGAAGCUAAAGAACAUAUUUGGAGGAAGGGAGCGUGUUGGGUUUCUUGAGAUCUCUGGGUUGAUCAAUCCUCACUUCAUCAAGUGAAAGUCUGUUUGUCUGGAAAGAAAAGGUGUAGAUCAACUUCAUUGGGGGAAUGAACGCAUUCAAGAACAGGAAAACCAUCCACUGAACUGUUUUUUGUACAUGGGAAAUUUGUGUUUAGUUGUUCAAAAACAUGUGUAGGUCUUCUUCAUGCAACUUCUUAGGUCUUCAGUAAGUAAAAGAAUCGAGUGUCAGUGCAUUGUGAGCAUUGAUAACCUACACAAGGAUUGGUAGUAUGUUGAAUUUUGUUCCUCAUCCUCUUUAGGAAACAAACUUAUGAAAUGCCACAUUUGCUUUGUCAUUGCUAA